UUCUUAGAAGCGGAAAACAAGGUGAGCCGAAGUGGAAGCCUUUGGACCCGUUUUCUUAUUUACUCCUCCAUUCGUUUUCUUCCUUCCAUCGUUUCUUCCUCCUCCUCUCUUCUUCUUCUUCCCUUUAGCCUAAAUCAUUUUCUAGCCGCUACCACAUUUUUUAUCUCUAGUUUUUCUCUCUCGAUCUCAGGUAGAAGAAAAUGGCUGAUGGUGAAGACAUUCAACCUCUUGUUUGCGACAAUGGAACUGGAAUGGUUAAGGCUGGUUUUGCUGGAGAUGAUGCACCUCGAGCUGUGUUUCCUAGUAUUGUGGGUCGUCCUCGUCACACCGGUGUGAUGGUUGGGAUGGGGCAAAAGGAUGCUUAUGUUGGCGAUGAAGCUCAAUCGAAGCGAGGUAUUUUAACUCUCAAGUACCCUAUUGAGCAUGGGAUUGUCAACAAUUGGGAUGAUAUGGAGAAGAUUUGGCAUCAUACUUUCUAUAAUGAGCUACGUGUUGCUCCUGAGGAGCAUCCGAUUCUACUUACCGAGGCACCGCUUAACCCGAAAGCUAAUCGUGAGAAGAUGACUCAAAUCAUGUUUGAGACUUUUAAUGCCCCGGCUAUGUAUGUGGCUAUUCAGGCUGUUCUUUCUCUUUAUGCCAGUGGUCGUACAACCGGUAUUGUGCUUGACUCUGGAGAUGGUGUGAGCCACACUGUUCCUAUCUAUGAGGGUUAUGCCCUUCCACAUGCGAUCCUACGUCUUGAUCUUGCUGGUCGUGACCUCACGGAUGCGCUGAUGAAGAUCCUAACUGAGCGUGGUUACUCUUUCACCACCACAGCAGAGCGUGAAAUUGUCAGAGACAUAAAGGAGAAGCUUUGCUACAUUGCUCUUGACUACGAGCAGGAGCUCGAGACAGCCAAAACCAGCUCAGCUGUUGAGAAGAACUACGAGCUACCUGAUGGGCAAGUGAUCACCAUUGGAUCAGAGCGAUUCCGUUGCCCAGAGGUUCUUUACCAGCCAUCUAUGAUUGGUAUGGAGAAUGCUGGUAUCCAUGAAACCACCUAUAACUCCAUAAUGAAGUGUGAUGUCGACAUCAGAAAGGACUUGUACGGUAACAUUGUGCUCAGUGGUGGAACCACAAUGUUCCCAGGAAUCGCCGACAGAAUGAGCAAAGAAAUCACUGCUUUGGCUCCAAGCAGCAUGAAGAUCAAAGUCGUUGCCCCUCCAGAGAGGAAAUACUCCGUCUGGAUUGGAGGGUCUAUCUUGGCCUCCCUCAGUACCUUCCAGCAGAUGUGGAUCGCAAAGGCAGAAUACGACGAGUCAGGCCCGUCGAUUGUUCACAGGAAAUGCUUCUGAGUUCAAAGUUGAUCAUUUUUCAGAGAAGCACCACCGAGGUUUUUCCGACCAUUUCUCAAGCCGGGUUUUUAAUCUUCCGUUAUUCUGCUCUUUGUUUUUGUUCUUUUAUGUUUUGGAAUUCAUGCCAAAUACAUUUUCAAGGAUUUAUGGUAAUCUGUUUGUAGUAUGGUUAAAAUCUAAUGCAACUUUGUUUUUGAGUGAAUAAGUACACACCUCUUUCUCUUCAA